GGACCAAUAGCGACGCGCCGCUGGGAACAGCACCGCUAUAAAAGCAGCUGCCGCGGCCUCGGCGCUGUCGUCGGUUCCUUGUUUGCCGUUUUCGUGUGUUGAGAGUGAGUCGCGUGUUUGCAGCCAUGCCCGAGCCGGCCAAGUCCGCGCCCGCGCCCAAGAAGGGCUCCAAGAAGGCGGUCACCAAGACGCAGAAGAAGGGCGACAAGAAGCGCAAGAAGAGCCGCAAGGAGAGCUACUCCAUCUACGUGUACAAGGUGCUGAAGCAGGUGCACCCCGACACGGGCAUCUCCUCCAAGGCCAUGGGCAUCAUGAACUCCUUCGUCAACGACAUCUUCGAGCGCAUCGCCGGCGAGGCCUCGCGCCUGGCGCACUACAACAAGCGCUCCACCAUCACGUCGCGGGAGAUCCAGACGGCCGUGCGGCUGCUGCUGCCUGGCGAGCUGGCCAAGCACGCCGUCUCCGAGGGCACCAAGGCUGUCACCAAGUACACCAGCUCCAAGUAAGCUGCUUUUGCAGCCCCCCCCCGUGCCACAUCUCCUUAACCCAAAGGCUCUUUUAAGAGCCACCCACCUUUUCAAUAAAAGAGCUGGUGCUGUGCUCAUUUGUUCUA